GCGCCCACAUAGCACCGCAUCACGGUGAGGUCACCAGUGCUUCACUGAAAUUAGCUUGAAUAGCGGGGUAAUACAGCUAAGCUAGGAUAUUAGCAUCUUGUAUGUGUGCACAGCAGGUUGAACAGACAACAUUGUACAGAAUGGCUGGAAGCGCGGGAGAGUGGUGUCUGAUGGAGAGCGACCCCGGCGUGUUCACAGAGCUGAUUAAAGGCUUUGGUUGCAAAGGCGCCCAGGUUGAAGAGAUAUGGAGUAUGGACCCGGAGAACUUUGACAACUUGAAACCAGUUCAUGGGUUGAUUUUCCUCUUCAAGUGGCAGCCAGGCGAAGAGCCUGCAGGAUCGAUUGUUCAGGAUUCAAGGCUUGACCACAUCUUCUUUGCAAAACAGGUCAUUAACAACGCCUGUGCCACCCAGGCAAUAGUCAGUGUUCUGCUCAACUGCUCCCAUUCGGACAUGUUGCUCGGCGAUACGUUGACAGAGUUCAGAGAGUUUUCGCAGAGUUUUGAUGCUGCUAUGAAAGGUUUGGCUCUUAGCAACUCUGAAGUGAUCCGACAAGUUCACAACAGCUUUGCCAGACAGCAAAUGUUUGAGUUUGAUGCAAAGUCGUCAGCAAAGGACGAGGACGCCUUUCACUUUGUGAGCUAUGUUCCUGUAAAUGGCCGACUGUAUGAGCUUGAUGGACUUCGAGAGGGACCAAUUGACCUGGGUUCAUGCAGCCAGGAUGACUGGAUCAGUGCAGUUCGCCCAGUGAUUGAGAAAAGAAUACAAAAGUACAGCGAAGGAGAAAUCCGAUUUAACUUAAUGGCCAUUGUGUCAGACAGAAAGAUGAUAUACGAGAGAAAAAUUGCAGAGCUCCAGUCACAGCUUACUGAGGAUGAACCAAUGGACACGGACCAGAGCAGCACAUUUCUUAGUUCCAUCCAGUCAGAGAUUACCAAGUAUCAGCUCCUUAUUGAAGAGGAAAAUCAGAAACUUAAAAGAUAUAAGGUUGAAAACAUUCGACGAAAGCACAAUUACCUUCCUUUCAUCAUGGAGCUCCUGAAGACACUGGCAGAAUACCAGCAGUUAAUACCUUUGGUUGAGAAGGCGAAGGAGAAACAGAGCGCCAAAAAAGCCCAGGAGGCCAAGUGAACAACAACAUCAUACUUCAGCAGAGAAGCCAACACACACACACACACACACACACACACGCACACACACACACACACAUCUAGAACCCUGCAGUCACUCUUUCAUCACUGAGCCACAUACAGAACCUGUACAUCAUCUGUCGGAUUCAUAGACUACCGGUGGUCUGCAGCACUUCGUCACGGUGGCAUCCUGUGAACCAUCCAGACAUGAAGAACUGCACUGCAGCUGUAGCAGAGAGACUGUCCAUGUGUGUUCAUCAGCUCGAAUGCAUGAUAGAAGGAAAGAUGUGCUCAAAUUAUGUUCUGUCUUAUUUUCAUAAUAAAAUGUCUAGAUGUCACAAGA